CGGCGACAGAGUCACAGACCAACGGUCACAGGAGACGCGAACACACCGCCGAGCUCCGGAAGAAGAGUUUGUGACGUCUCAAAGGAGAUCAAGAUAGGAAGCUUCCAAACCAGCACCUUUAUAUUUUACACAUCUGCUAAACAUGCAGCUGUGUGAGAUGCAUUAGAGCCAGUGUGCGUGAGACAGAGUUUACACCCACUGAACUGGUGACUGAAGAGGAUCAUAGACCUGUUUGGGACCGGGUCCCACCUGCUUUGUCCUCUGAGACAAUGCUGUACCUAAAGAAGUACUUCACCGAGGGCCUCAUCCAGGUGGCCAUCCUGCUGAGUCUCUGUGGUGUGAGGGUUGACGUGGGGCUGGAGCCCUACCUGCCUCCGGCCUGGCACGACAUGAUCCUGGGUCCGACCUCGGCACUGACCCAGACGCAUUUUCACAACCUCCGCAACCGUCUGGAGGACGGCCAAGGCCUGCACACCAAGAACGUGGACCUGGAUGGAUUUUUCACCACGCGGAGGCUGCUCGGCUGGGUCCGCUCUCUGGACAGACUUCAGGUUCCCCGUUCUGAGCUGGAGACCUGGCUGGUCCAGAGAGAACCAGAUCCUCUUCCGAUGGGAUGUCAGGACCAGCCCUCUCUCCUGGAGAGAGUUCCCACUGGGAUGGAGAGAGAUCGAGGUGACGUGACUGUGGAGCCCACAUCUGGACAUGCUGCCCUGCUGGAAGAAGUGGAGGAAGGUGAUAAAGAGGAAGAAAACCAUCAUGUACUUACUCACAGUGGUGAUGUGGAUGAAAGAGAAGAGGAAGAGGGGGAUGAAGAGGAAGACAUGUCCAGGAUGCACAGGCACUGCAGGGGGAGGACAACAGGAACCAGCCACGCUCACUUCACAGAGUCAACUCAGAAUGAAUUAGAAGAGACUUCUGUGUCUCUUCAGGAGUGUUUGAGGCUGUUGGAAGAAACCUUCCCCUUCACUGAGGAACAACAGUUGGGUGAUGGUGAAAGUAGAAGGGGAGAAAGUCGACCCCAAGAGAGGGAGCCCCUGCUCUCCCCCGUUCUCACCACUGAGAACCCCUCGCUGGACAUGGAGCUCCGCUGGCAGGACCUGUUUGCUAUCAUGGAGCCGGGGAACACAGAUGUUGACAUGACAUCAUCAUUUGACCAAACCAUGGAUUCAAAUCCUUCUGGUACUCAGGGCAUCCAGUCUGAAGCUCUGAACCAAAACUGUAACAACCUUGUAAAUGGCCUGACAGGUGCUGGUCAAGAGGUCCAAUUCAUGGAGUCUUCAAUGCAGCAGGGUUUCCUGUGGUCUCCACGCCAGCCGGAGCGAGAGCCGCCUCUGCUUCCUCUCACUCCCAGUGCAGAAUUAGAUGACUACAAUUCAACUUUAAGCUCUAUGGAUGUUUUGAAUACAGUGCACCAUCCUCCAGAUCACUUGGAUGUCUUGGGAGAGGAGCCUUCAAAAGAGUUCUGCUCGGGUAACUCAGGUUCCCUCAAUGCCAACCUGCUAACACAAGAUGUGGAUAACGUGGGAGGUGAUCUCUUCCCUGAAGGAGGCCUGGCCAACUUGGAUGUCAACUUUCAGUUACGCAGCCUAACACCUUCCAGUCCUGUCUCAUCGCUAGAGGGGAGUGAUAUGAACCAGAACCUUCUGAUGGCUCCACCCAGUGUUUUUCUGGUUGGUGAGGAGGAUGUUGUAGAUGAAGAUUAUCUCCCUGACCAACUCAGUGACCUCCUGGAGGAUGCUGCCAUCCUGGAUGAGAUGAGAUUGAUGGACCUUGCUCUGGAGGAAGGUUUCAGUCCAGAGAUGGCAGUCAGACUGGAAGAGGAGGGCUACUUUGGCUGUGAAGUAGGUGGCAGAGAUGAUGACCACUCAGUCCCUACUCGUGAGGCAGUCACAGAAGACCAGAGUCAAACAGAAAGACAACCACAAGAUGCUGAUAAUGAGGCAGACUCUGACUCUGGACUUUCACUUAACUUCAGCUACAGUCCAACUUCUCCAUGUGCUUCUGAAGCCUCCUAUUGUUCCUCCUCCUCCUCCUCCUCCUCUUCAUCAACUUCUGCCUCAUCUUAUAUGUCAGGUGUAGAAAGCCCCUUCUGUGAAGUCAAGGAUGAAGAUGCUGAGGAAGGGUUGUCUGAUUUGAAUAUGGAACUGGACAUAAACAUUAAGCAGGAGCCAGAGGAUGAGGAGGAGAUGGGGGCAGUAGGAGGAGUUUAUCCUGAAGAUUUUAAGAAACUCUUCCCUGUCAACUAUGACAACCACAAGCUCUUAAAUGACAUGCAUUGGAUGGAGCAUAUUGAACAUGAUCACACGUACAACCAGCCCCAGUCCACCAUCUCCUCUCCACCUUUGGACAACAUACCGAGCAAACACACCAAAUCCUCCCCACGACAUCACAACCGCAGGCCUGUCCACUUCUCCACCUCCUCCUCCUCCUCCAGGCACAUGUCUGAGGCCAGGAUACGGAGCAGAGACGAACGACGUGCACGAGCCUUGAAAGUCCCUUUCUCCAAUGAUCUCAUUGUAAAUCUGCCAGUGGAAGAGUUCAACGACUUGCUGACGAAUUGUCAUCUUAAUGAGCAGCAGCUUGCCCUCGUCAGGGACAUUCGACGCCGUGGUAAGAACAAGAUAGCAGCCCAGAACUGCAGGAAGAGGAAACUGGAUGUGCUAUUGGGAUUGGAAGAUAAUGUGUCUGGUUUGAGGCGCCACCGCAUGCGGCUUCUCCGAGAGAAACAAGAAGCCCUGAGGAAUCUGCAGGAAAUGAAACGCAGGCUGGGCAACUUGUACCAGGAUGUCUUUUCCAGGCUCAGGGAUGAGGAAGGACGGCCGCUGGAUUCUACAGAGUACUUUCUUAAUUUUGAGCAUGAUGGUAGUGUCAUGGUGGCCUCACACCAACAAGAAACAUGGAUGCCACUGAGAGGAGAAAAAACAAGCAAGAAACAGAGGAACAACAAGAAGAAGUGAGGAUGUGGACCAACCAGGAAUAUCCUCGGAGGAGAAAAUAAGAGGUUAUAUGAAGCGUUACCCUUUAGGUAAUGAUGCAGUGGAUUAUGGGGACUGUUAAAUCCUGAAACCCCUUCAUCAGCUAAGUCUCUGGCUGUUGUUUUGAAGAAUAAUUGGUUGAUGGUUUGGGAGGAAAUCAAGACACAAGAAAAGGUUCUUUGAAGGACAGCUCGAUUGUCCUGAUGAUAGAAGACUACCUUUGCUCCAGGAUUUGUUUCUGUCCACUCUAAACCAUACACUGGAAAUGGACUUGAAGCCGACUCGUCAUAGGUUCAGUAACACUGAGGUAAAGCUGCGCUGCUAGUGCAAAUGAAAGAAAACGAUGACCUGGGACCAGCAUUUAAGUUCUGUGCUUAUGCAAAAACCUGCUUUCCUUACGUCAGCUGUGUUUCCAUCAUGGUUUGGUUCAGUUUGGAACAGUACGGUUCGGUAAAGCCCUGGGUCAGGCUUCAGUUCUGACUGAGAACAGUACCUUUACUUGGCAGACGAGGCAACGCGAGGUCAGGACAAAUGAUGACAUUGAGCGCGACAAAACAGAAGAUUCUGGUACCCCAAGGGAAGGGUGCCAAAUAAUGGAACGUUUGGGGCUGGUUAUUUUGGUACUAUUCCCAAUGGAAACCCCAAAAACAUAUGUGCCGUACUGUGCCAAACUGAAGCACUCCACUCGAUGGAAACAAGAGACUGGAGAAGUUUUUGAAUAAGGCUAGUAGCAGGCCGAUAGCAGGUCGAUAGCAGGUCGAUAGCAGGCCGAUAGCAGGCCACUCCAAAGAUUGAGACACCAAAGUUGCAGGCGUCACUAAACUGACUCAGAAGAACAAGUCAUUUGAGUGGUGGCACAUACUAGUAGAAUACAGUUUUAGGAAUUAAAUAAGAAAGCACCAAUGUAGAGAGGCAUGGUGGAUAAUAGUGGAUCAUGUGAUUCAGGGGUGAACACAGGAAGUGAUGAAGAACUUCAUCUAUGUUGUCACCCAUUCACACAUAUGGCAUUUUACUGGCAUCAGAAACUGAAGGAGUAGAGAAUAAACUACUAUUGUGAAUAUUUAAGACUUUGUGGAUUUGGGAAUGACAAACUAAACUUUUUUUUGUUCACUGAAGAAUGACUCAUUUUAUAUGCAUAGUUUAUAGUUUUCUUUUGGCCAUGAAAUGAAAACAUGAGGGUUUUAAUUGCGAUGGUUUUGUAUUUUUACACGUGUGUCUGUGGAGCUGUGCUAAUCCUAUUCGCCCUUUUUAAACAAGUUGCCAUAAAUCUUUGUACAAACUCACCUAAAUCAGGGCUCUGAUAAUCACAUGACCUGCGGGCCAGUGCGUGUCUCGUCUGGUCAGGGGUCAACUGUUCGGGGGGAUAUGAAUGUAAAACGAGAUCAUGAUAUUCCAUUAUGAAAUUAUUGAUGAUGCACAUAGAACUCAUAUAUCAAUAUGAAGUGGUGGACUGCAUGGAAUCAAUUGGGGGCUUGCAACUUCUCUUGCAAUCGACCUCUGACCUCUAUGCAAAACUGCAAUGACCACUUUUGGGAGGUUUAUAAUAUAUGCACCACACGUGAGUUUUCCCCAGGUGCUACUCAGUGUGGCUGCCCAGUGCUCCUAAUUCUAGGAUGGGUCAAAU